UAUUAUUUUUUAUUAUUUAAACUAUUUAAAAAAUUCAAUUAUUUAUUUUUUAAUGGAAAACAACUUCUCACCACCGUCCAACCGCGCCACCACCUCCGUCAAACUUGUGUCCUUUCGCCUCGCCUUCCCUCCUCCAAACCUUAAUACUCCCAUCCGCGGAUGCCAUGUAAACGGUGCCGUCGCCGUUAACGGUGGAAGGAGAAGGGCGGUCCUCGAGCCACGUCACCUGCGCGACCAGGUAGGGUUUGGUGCAGACAACGCUCUCCGGUUUCUUCGUUCUCAGAAAACUCAGAUCUCAGCCUCAGAUCUAAGAAGACGACACUGUUGUUCCUCCCAACCCCAAAAUCUCAGACUCCUCCGAUGCUUCCUCAAAUGGAACUUCCAAGAAGAGAAACGUGUUGCUGAUGACGAACGUCGGUGGCGCAUGAAGGCGGUCGAAGAGGUGCUAGAGCUGGGUCUCCAUCUUUGUCAUGACGGCUUCAACGACGUCGUCGUUUAAGGUGUCUGCGGAGUUGUUAGAUGAAUCUCCAUGAAUAACAGACCCAACAACAGAGUGAUCUGAGCGCGAACGCGGCAGUGAGAUUCCUCGGAGGUUCGCGGUGGUUUCGCAUUGCGGUGAGUUUCAUUGUGGAUCGUGGUGAUGUUGCGGUGGUUCGUGGUGCUUUCGUUUUGUUGGCCUUUGGUUUUGCCACAUUGGUGGGUGCUGCGGGUUUCACUUUGGUUCAAGUUUCGAUUUUCUUUUUAUUCAAAUACAGAUUUGUUUAUCGAAGACUCGUGUUGUACAUUUUUGUUUUUGAUUUUGUAUUGAUUCUCAGAUCUGAGAAACUUUAUACAUUAUGAAGUUUUUUUUGUUUUGGUUUUUUU